AUGAAUAUUUCUGAAAUUUUAGCCCAAAGAAAUGGUCGUAAGUUGGGUAUUAAAUUUUAUUGGCAUUUAUCUUGUCAAUGUGGACAUAAGUUUUCUUCCUCCUUAUGCAAUGCUAACUUAAAAGUAAAUAAGAAGCAGGUGGAACUAGUAAAAAAAUAUCAUUUGCAGUGUUCAAAAUGUAAUCAAAUUGCCCAAUUUGAUGGGGAAAAAUUAUUGAAUAAAUUUCUUAAAGAAAAAGUUAAACAGAAAUUGAUUUAUAGUUUUUAUAAGGAAAAUUUUUCUCAGUUUAAUGGUGAGCUUAGUGAAAAAAAAUUGAAGGGUCAUAGACAAGGUCUUUGUGAAAAAUGUAAAGAAUUAAAAAGAUAUUAUGGUGAGGAAUAA